AUGGCAAGCCAUCCACCCCCAGCACCACCAGUUCAUUUAAUCAUCGAGCCCAAAGGAGACCUGACUAUCCGACUCAUCGACAAGAAGACUACCAUCGAUCCCGUUACUGAAAGAAAAUCGGAACAAACCACCGUUCUCGCAACUUACAGAGUUUCCAGGAAGGUUCUCACAGACAAUUCUUCAGUAUUCAAUACUUGCCUCGAAGGAUGGGCCAAGGAAUCCAAGCAGACCACAGUAGACAUCGAGGAUGGAACCGUGAAGAGUUAUGAGCUUUGGUUUCGGAUCUUGCAUCAGGACAUGAUCGAUGAUAUGUACGACCUCGAAGCUGAGGAAAUAUAUGAAGCCAUCCAGAUCUGCGGAUACCGUCAGAUGCAUGAUGGCAUAAAAAAAUUGAGAGAUUGGUCACCACAAUGGUUCAAGAAUCAGAAGAUCGAAAAGAAGAGUCUUGACGACAUGAGAUCCUUUCUAUACCUCACCCAUGAACUUGAUCGUAUCGAGGAGUUUCAGUUCAUUACAAGAAAGUUGGCGUAUGGAAUGGCAGAUCAUAUUCAGGAGGCAAAUCCAUCGCGACACAGACACCUCCAUUUGCCAUCCAGAGUCAUGGGCUCAUUGAAUAGUGCCAGAGGUAGUCUCCGUGUGAAGCUCCUCAAAGGCGUCUUUGACCCACUUGACUGGUUUAUACAUCAACGGUGCAGUUGCAAAGAGCUUUCCAGCUUUGCUUAUAUUACAGGGCUUAGCAAGAUGAAGAUUUGGCCUAUUGAGUCAGCCAACAAGAAGAGUAUCCAGGAAAUCUUGGACAGUUUCGACAAAUUCGUGUGCGUGAUUCCGGAAAAGGCGUGUAUGAAUUGUAGAGUUCAUCUGAACUCGAUUGCUAUCAAACGCAUUCGAAACGAAAUCCAAUCCAGCUUCCAUGGUAUGUGCUUGGAUUGUAUGUACAAAUCCAGUGAGGGGAGCGAUAUGGCAUUCGUUUAUUAUCAGAGUGAUUUAGAGAAAGAGUAUAGUAUGAGUUGCAGGAUUCAUCAUGGCCAGUCGAGUUGGUACUGGUCGAAUAUGGGCAAAAAAGAGGAUAUGCAGGCACACCAGGAGAGGAAGAAGCGGGCAUAUGAAAGAAGACGAUUCGGUUUUUGA